GUAGGCGUUAAAGAGGUCGAAAAUAAUGGAUCGUCCCGGCAGAGUGGCAAGCAAUCGGCAGCAUGAAGCGGGAGCUCGAUCGGCCCGACGAGGCCCCGCCCGCCAAGCGCGCCAAAGACGGAAGCCGGCGCAUCCACUUCGCCGACGUGUCGGUCGUCCUCUUCGAUGAAGCGCUGCCUGUCGUCUCCCGCUUCGGCGGCUACCGCGUCCCGACGUCGCCGACGCAGCACGCCCGCCACGAGACCAAGGAGCGCGACGUCCGCGCGCUCGACGAAGCGACCUCGCUGGCGCACGUCCACGCUACGGAGCUCCGCGAGACGAUCCGCCAUGUCGGUCUCGGCAUCGAUCCGGUCUGCGGCUGCGACGACGUAACCGCGCUGCAAGCCCAGCUCGACCUUCUGCAGGACGCCCGUCUCGAAGCAACGAUCGCCUUUGGCGACGUCGACGGUAGCGAAGACGACUCUGCCUCGGGUUCGCGCUUCUUCCAGGGCAAGGAGCUCCUCUCGGGUCACAUUGGCAGCGGCUACGUCUUUGGUCACCGCUUCGUGACGCUCGACCAGUACAUCAUGACGAUGGAGGACAUUGAGAUCGCGUCCUUCCUCAAGUCGCAUGACCGACCCGUGCCAGCGUUCAAGCUCCCGACAAAGGCAGAGAAGAAGGCCAAGGUCGACCCGACGCAGCUGACCGCGAUGCACUUUAUGAACCAAGGCAAGCCAUUGGACGCGCUCGCGCUCGACGAACUCCAGCUCGAGUGCACGAUCCGAGGUAUGUUUGAUCUUGCGUCCCGCAAGCGCGUCAAGAAGAAGCUUCUCGUUCAGAAGCUCCGGCCCAUCUUUGAAGACGAGUAUCACAUGCGCAUGGCCGAGCAGCGUCAGCGCACCGCCAUGGAGGACGCCGCCUUGGAGAUCCUCGAAGCUGCGAGUACUGCCAAGAUGCGCGCCUGCUUGCAUCGUGCUUUGGUCAAGCGCUUGGCGUCCCCGAUGCACGAUGAGAGCGACGUGACGCCGGCGUCACUCUCGGCCUUGUUCAAGCUCGUGGUGGCGCAGCACCUCGAUGGCCUCCAUUGCUCGUGCCCAGUGCCACUCGCCGUGCCCGAGGCGGUCCCUGUGAUGGCGAAAGACGACGUAGCGAUGGCGGAGGAAGCGGCGACGGAGCCGGAGCCGUGCCCGUUGGAAGCGACGACACCAGAGCGCCCCGAGACCACCAAUCAAGCGUGCGUCUCGGCGCCUGUUGACGAGGUGCCCGUCGCCAGCACUGUCGAAGCUUAAAUAGAUGAUGAUUGUCGACGCCUCC